CACUUAUUUUUAACUUUUGGAAGAAUAAUAUAAGAAUUUUGAUGUUUAAAAAUAAAAAAACGACAUUCAAAAUAAAAAACAGUUAGAUAAAACUUUUCGUGGAGAAGCAUAUGAGAGUCUAUUCCUCUGUUGAAGGAGGGUAUAAUGUGGAGGAUCGGGGAUGGUACUAAGAUAAAAAUCAGAGACGAUAAAUGGAUCCCUUACCCUCAACCUCAUCAUUUUCAAGCUCAGGUGCAGGUACUGAACCCGGAAGCUGGAGUGUGUGAAUUAAUUGAUUUUGAUACUAAUUGGUGGAACGUACCUCUUUUGGCACAACUUUUUUCGGCUGAUACAGUGGAAGUGAUAUGCAACAUCCCCAUUAGCCCCCGAUUGAUGAAGGAUAGAUUGGUCUGGGCGAGUAACAAAAACGGCCAAUUCUCUGUGCGCAGUGCCUAUUUUCUUGACUUGGAGCGGGUGAACAGGUAUCGGGGUAGCAGUUCGAAUUCCCCUCAUACCAGAGAGUGUUGGAAACUCUUGUGGAAUUUGAAGAUUCCCAGAUCAACACAACUUUUUAUUUGAAGAGUCUGCAAUGAGAUUCUUCCUACUAAGGAAAAAUUAUGGAAAAGGAAGUUAGUUGAGGAUCCGCUUUGCCCUUUGUGUGGUCUAGAGACAGAAUCCAGUACCCAUGCUGUAUGGCUGUGCGAGGCUGCUAAGGCGGUUUGGUUUGGAUGCCCUCCUCGGAUCCAUAAAAGUACUUCUGGGAAUGUUGAUUUCCUGAACUUAUUUGGGAGUUUGAGUGGAAGGUUGAGUUCGGAAGAUUUGGAGUUGUUCGCUAUGGUGGCGCAGAGGAUUUGGUACAGGCGCAACAGAUUUGUUUUCGAAGGUGUCUUCACUCCCCCAAGCUGUUUGAUCAAAAGCGCAAAGGAAGCUCUUUCGGCCUUUAAGGAAGCCCAUGAUUCUUCUUUCCUUUUCUCUCAUCAAAAUCCAUCCCCUUUAUCUAUACAGUGGUCUAAACCUCAGCAGGGGACUUAUAAGUUGAAUUGGGAUGCAGCGGUAGAUAGGAAGCAGAGGAUGAUAGGGGUGGGGAUUGUAGCCAGAGACUCCAAUGGUAAGGUCCUGGGGGCUAAGUGCUCUUUUCACCGUAACAUUUCCAACUCGUCCGUGGCAGAGGCUUUCGGAGCUAGACUGUGUGCCGAAUUUGGACUGUUUCUGGGCUUGAAGUCUGUGGUGCUGGAAGGGGAUGCCUUGGAGGUGGUACAGGCCAUUUCCAGGAAGAGUGCCGAUGCUGGCUACCUCGACAAUCUUAUAGGGGAAUCGCUUUAUCUUCUGUCUUUUUUCGAUCGAUGGGAUGUUAGUCAUGUGAGAAGGACAGGGAACAUGGCGACUCACAAGUUGGCUAAACUGGCUGUUCUUCAGCAGCGGAAUCAUAAAGCUGACGGAACCACAGUAGCCAAAGUGCUGAACCCCAAUGCCUCGCAACGCGACCGGCAAGAGCAGGGCUGUGCUCUUCUUAUGCGCAUUUGAGUUUGCCCCAGAGAAGAAUUAGGGCAAAACGAAGAAAUUCCUUGACGGAAACCACAGUAGCCAAAGUGUUGUUUUCCCUGCUAUCGUUGGUUGAUCCGUAAAUUAUUUCAAUGGGAAAACCUCUCUGCUAUGAAACUAUGCUUUUUCUUCCUCUCAUAGACUUGCAUUACCGCCAAUCAGCAGAGAGGGCAAAGACAGAAGUUUCUGAAAGUUUAAUCAAUAGGAUCUAUGAUGUCUUCUCUGAUGGCAUACAUUUUGCAACACCAAUUUCCUCCUUGAGGACAAAUGAAGUUGACCUGGUACAAGGUGUUUUGCGGAUGUUGCAAGGACUUUCUAGUUCCCUGUUUUAUUGGGACCAGAGUGAAGGGGGUUUUAAUGCCAAAACCGGAAUAUAUGUGGCUCACCUUUCCCAUACAAGCCUUGUCACCAUUCUGAAUCAAUUUAUGUAUGCUGCGACAUGCUUACAGCUGGUAGAAAUAGUAGUCAAUAAAGUUGAGACAUCUGUGAGAUUACCUCCUCCUACUUUGAGGGCAUUUACAUGCUCUGUUUCUGCAUGGCUUAAGAGGUUGAGGGAUAUUGCUCUCAAGGAGGAAAUGAAGAUACAUGAUGCUGACAUUGGGACCACUCUGACCUUAUUAGGUUUGACGAGUUCUUUAUCAAGUCUUUGCUCAGGUGCUGAGCACCUAUUUCAAAUAGUCCAUGGAGCUAUUCCCCAAGAGUCUUUUGAAACUAAAUCUUCUGUUCCAGCUGCUGAAUUGGCUGUUCACGUGCUUGACUAUCUUUACAAGAAGCUUGAUGAAGUGUGUCUAGUGCAAGGUGGUGAGGAGGAAGCUUAUCAGAUGCUACUCCAUAUAUUUGUUGGGAGUUUGUUGCCAUAUAUUGAGGGUCUUGAUUCCUGGCUAUUUGAAGGAACACUAGAUGAUCCUUUUGAGGAGAUGUUCUUUUAUGCUAACAGAGCAAUCUCUGUUGAUGAAGCUGAGUUUUGGGAGAAGAGCUAUUUAUUAAGAUUAGUACAGUUUCAGAAGUCUGAUGAUGAGCUCUCUACCACAACACGUGCCACUGAUCGUGUACCUCUAACAAAUGACAAGAAGGAAAUCAGUGAACGGGAUUCCAUCGCUGUGUCUAGUUCUAUCAAAGGAAAAGAGCGGGGCAUUAGAGACUGCCAAGCUUGUCCUCUGUUUAUUAAGGACAUAUCUAAAUCAAUUUUAUCUGCUGGAAAAUCAUUGCAGCUUGUCCGACAUGUUCCGACCUCAUUCUCAGCAGCAUCUGGCAAAGGAAGUGAUUCUCAGUUUUAUGGUUUUGAAAGUUCUGGUGAUAGUCUUCAUUGUGGGCAGAGUAUAGCAGGGUUGACCUUAUCAGAAAUUUUCUUCGUGUCCUUAGCAGGUCUUAUAGGCCAUGGUGAUCAUAUCUCUAGAUACUUUUGGCAAGGUGACCACUGCAAAUCUGAGAUUACUACAUCAUUUGAUGAAUCCUGUUUGAACAAGCUAAAAGUGGAAAAUCAUGGUAGUGGAACUUUGCCACUUUUAGCAUGCUCAGAGAAGAUUUGGUAUAAGUUCUUGGUUGAUACAUUGCUGCAGAAAAAAACGACCAAUUUAGAGUCUGCACAUAAGGAUGCAAGUUAUUUUCAAGAUGCAAAUGCAGAUUAUAUAUUUGCGGGUACUUUGGAUAAAUUGCCCCUCUUGGAAUCGUUCUGUGCAGAAAAUCCAGUUAUUACUGUGUGUCAGACAAUGCUUAGAAAGAAUAUGGAUGCCUGGAAAACAUUUAACUUGUCUAGAAAUUUCUAUCUAUCCCCGUUAAACGAUGAGGUUUUACGACAGGCCAUAUUUGGUGGUGAGAGCAGAUCUUCUCAUGCUACUCAAGGAACAAGCUAUACCUUUGGUUUUCAUUUUGGUGAAUCCGAAUAUGUUCGUUCACAAAAUGACACAGAUCUGUUAGAAGUGUUGUUUCCUUUUCCUACUCUUCUUCCUUCAUUUCAGGAUGAUCUCCACAUGUCGGAGCUGUUACCUUUCCAGAAAAACAGCACCCUUUCAUCAAGAGUUCUUAGCUGGGUUCAAAAUGUUGAACCGAGAACUACUCCACUUCCUGUGGUUAUUAUGCAGGAAUGUCUUACUGUCUACAUUAAGAAGCAAGUGGAUUAUAUCGGCAGGCAUAUAUUGUCAAAGUUGAUGACUGAUUGGAGAUUGAUGGAUGAGCUUGCAGUAUUGCGUGCCAUAUACUUGUUAGGUUCAGGUGAUCUGCUGCAGCACUUUCUGACUGUGAUUUUCAAUAAGCUGGACAAGGGAGAAACCUGGGAUGAUGAUUUUGAGUUGAAUACAAUACUACAGGAAUCUAUUACAAACUCUGCCGAUGGAAUGCUACUAAGUUCUCCAGAUUCAUUGGUUGUGUCCAUCACUAAAAAUCAAGGUUUCGAUGGUGAUCAGCAACCUAAUGCAGCUACUGUUGCCUCGACUCCUCGUAAAAGUCGUACUCACAAUUUUGGGAUUGAUGGGCUUGAUUUAAUGAAAUUUACCUACAAGGUCUCUUGGCCGCUUGAACUUAUUGCUAACACAGAGGCUGUUAAGAAGUAUAACCAAGUGAUGGGAUUCCUAUUGAAGGUCAAGCGUGCAAAAUUUGUUCUUGAUAAGGCUCGGAGGUUGAUGUGGAAGGGUAGAGGCACUGUGACAAACAGCCGCAAGCACCACUGGUUAGUGGAGCAGAAACUCCUCCAUUUCGUGGAUGCUUUUCACCAAUACGUAAUGGACAGAGUAUAUCAUAGUGCAUGGCUUGAACUAUGUGAAGGUAUGGCAGCUGCUCGAUCCUUGGAUGAAGUCAUAGAAGUACAUGAGGCCUACUUAUUAUCGAUUCAGCGCCAGUGCUUUGUUGUCCCAGAUAAAUUGUGGGCUCUGAUUGCAAGCCGAAUCAACAGUAUUCUUGGAUUAGCACUUGAUUUCUAUUCCAUACAGCAUACACUAAGUAGUGGUGGAGCAGUUUCUGCUAUAAAGGCCAGAUGUGAAAUGGAAGUGGACCGAAUUGACAAACAGUUUGAUGAUUGCAUUGCUUUCCUACUCAGAGUGCUAUCUUUCAAGCUCAAUGUGGGGCACUUCCCUCAUUUGGCAGAUUUGGUUACUAGGAUCAACUAUAACUAUUUUUACAUGUCUGAUGGUGGAAACUUGAUGGUUGCUCCUAGCUCCGAAACUGUUGGGUUGAGACUGGGGAAGGCCUUUGGUGGUAGAACAGAGUAAUUAAUUUUGUUCUCUGAAUUCUUUUGAGGGCGAGAAUGUCCUAUCAUUUGCACAGAAUCUGAAAAGGCCUAUUUUCCCCCUUACUUUGGGUUUGUUGAGGGAAGCAGCUGUUGUGGCAGGAGCCUGACAGAUCUCAGAAUUUGCCACCUAUGUCUUUCUAGUCCCCAUUUGGCUGCAGGAGUGAUCUGGGAAAUAUCUUGCUUCCUUUGUAAUGUUAUGCUUCAUAGCCUUCCUGUGUGUUUCUGCAAAAAUGUGCCUCUAAGACUCUCAGGUCAUGAUAUUUUGGUUCCCAAGCACCAAAUAGAACAUCUAAAAGGUAUUCAAAUGUAACAUAUUGUAAUAUAUAUCACAGCUACUUUGGCAAAUGAUAUAUGUGUAUUACAGUGAACAUGAAAGCAAGAUUAUUGCUUCUAUGCGCAUCUACCCUAACCAGGAUCCUUGAUACUGUGACAGGACCCAAGUGUCAUCUUCUGAUAUAGCUCAUAAGCAAUAGACAUGUAUUGGUGUGAAGCUUA